AUGGGCAUGCAGAUCCAGGCCAUCGAUAUUCUUUUAGCAGCGACGCAGCUACCCAUCAAGGCGAUGCAUAGGACAUUGCUCCAGCCCCUUCUGGCUCAAACGAAGCAUACAUGGCUCAUCGACAAGUACUAUGAAUCCCAGCACGUAUUCCGCAGGUACUGCGAGGGUACCAUGGUCCUCCGAAUCAAUCGGCUUAUCAAGGGUCCUAACGUCAAGAACCUUAUGCAACACCCCUUUCGCAAGGGCAAGCACCGGCACCAUAAUGUCAAGAAGAAGCCUCUUCUGCAACCCAGACCCGACUGGGAUGAACCAUUGACCACCGAUGAGCUCGACAUCAUCAAUUCCACUGCCGCCAACGUUGUCGCUGACAUAUCCGCUACUGGUACGACCGAGGCCGAGGCAGCUGAUGAGGAGUUCAACUCAAAUAAACUUGGCUACACUACUGAUGAAGGGUUUGAGAAAGGCUCCCCAAACACAACCCCAUAUUUACCAUCUAUAUCUGGCUUUAGGAACUGGGAGAACUUACAGGAGAUCUUCGCGACAUUCUUUGAUCUUGUCCUUUGA